CACAAGAAAGAGGAUUAAAAUUACUCUGUUGCUAAAACUACAGUUUCAUCUUUAUUACUUAGUAAUUCAGAAGAAAGAAACGCAUACGUGUAGAGAGAUAGCAGUUAAAGCAUCGUCUUGUAACUUUCGCAAUGAUCCAGAAGAAAGAAAUUCGUGUCUAGAGAGAGAGAGAGAGUAGUUAAAGCUCAUCUUCAAUACCAACCACCACCACCUCUGCAUCGUAAUCAUGUGAUAAGGUUCCACCACUAGUGACUUUUUUUCCACAGCUCCACCACCAGGGACCACCGCAAUCACCACCACUCCUUAUAAUCUCAGUCUCUUUAAUUCUAGGUAUUCAAUCGUAAUCUGUAUUCGAUGAAUCAAGAUGUAUCCGCCUCAACCACCGGGACUUAUAGAGAUGUUCUUCUUUUUAUCUUCUUUUAUCACCACCACCACCGUGUGUCUUAUUUGUUGAUGGAUGGGUGUUGAGAUGAUGAAUAGUGUUUACAUAGGUGUUCGUGUUCAUUGGCUCAUAUUCUUCCAUCAACAUAAAGAUAUAUGUAUGUAUAUAUCACAGGAAUUUUUAUGUCAAAGACUUACUUUUAUUCUAAAGAGGCUAGAACAAACAUUUGCAAAGAAAGAAAUAUUGUAAGAAAAAGUGUUCAUAUACUGUAUAUAUUUGUAUCAUCAAUCAUACAAAUUGUGUUUUUGUAUCAUCAGAUCGGAUCUAAUUAUGAAGGUUUGGUCGUUCAUACUUUGUGUCGGUGACGGCGGUCGUCGGCUUUAUUCUGCGGCGACACCGGACGGAGCCUCUGUCGGCGCGUAUCUUAACAAGAAAAUGGAGUCAUGCCUUUCCAUUCUAACUUUUAGUGUGCUUGUAGAGGGAUCGGGAGAGGGUGAUCAGAACUGGCGGGCGCAGUAGCAAGAGGUGCAUGCGACCAUCCAUCCAAAAGGGCCAAAGCCACUCCAUAAGGGCAGAUACAAGGUAUAUUGCAACGAGUAAGAGAGUUGAAUUGGAGAGAAGUGACACUGCCCUAUAGACUUAACCACUUACCAAAGUCAAAUUGGAAGUCCAUCGUUUUGCUCUUUUCAAAACCUUAAAGCAGCAAAACGGGAAGAAACCCGAAGUUGAAUACAACAAAUCGAAUCAUUGGUUGCCAAAAGAAGCUUGAAACUAUUCAACUAAUCAUUCUAUGAGAUGUCCUCGGUAGCCUAAAGAUCACGAGUGUCUUUACAACUCAUGAUGGAAUGGUUAGCCUUAUCUGGUAUGCCAUGAGUUCAAAGAUUACGUCUUCAAGGUCAUGGGAGGUUGUGACAAGCAUGGUUACUCAAGGAGUCUCGACUCCCGGAUGAAUUCGACUCUUGUUGUACAUAGCUCCCUGCUGCAACAACUUGGCCUGCUAGAAUUGGGAGUUUCCCCAGAUUUUUCAGCUCCGAAGGUUCCGAUAUUGAUGUCAUUGGCAUUGAUUUUGGAACUACUAACUCAUGUGUCUCGGUCUUUGAAGGAAAGGGUGCAAAGGUAUAAAGAACUCCGAGGGAUCUAGUUCUAUACCGUCAGUCGUUGCCUUCGGUUCUAGUGGAGAAUGUCUUGUGGGUGUUCCCGCAAAACUUCAGGCGUUGACGAACCCGAAUGGUACAAUAUUUGGCCUGAAACACAUUAUUGGCUGAUGCUAUGACGACCGCCUAGCUCGCAUAAAUGUGCCGUACCAGAUUAUUAUGGCCCCAAAUGAGGAUGCGUGGGUGUAUCUGAACGGUAAGGCAUAUCCACCCAGUGAGCUUUGCUCCUAUCUGCUCCAGAACUUAAAGGAAACUGCAAACGACUAUCUUGAAAAGGAUGUUACAAAAGCCGUAAUCACGGUACCGGCCUAUUUUAAUGAUGCGCAAAGACGGGCAAUAGUGAAUGCAGGACGCCUCGCUGGUUUUGAUGUUCUAAAGAUAAUCAGCGAGCCAUAUGCAGCUGGUCUUUCGUAUGGUGUAAACAUAAAAGAGGAUGGUCAUGUAGCAGUUGUUCAUUUUGGUGGCGGAACCCUGAUGGUUUACAUUCUUGAGAUGUCUCACGGUGUUAUCGAGAUAAAAGCUGCCAGUGGUGAUGCAUUGGGUGGUGAAAAUUUUGAUAAUAUCCUGUUGGGUUACUUGGUCACUGAAUUUGAGAAAACCGAGUCUAUCAAUCUGUCUACCAAUAAACUGGCUCUUGGGAGGCUGAGAGAAGCGGCCGAGAAAGCAAAAAUUGAACUGUCAACAACAAUGGAAGCUGAGAUCCACCUGCCUUCGAUUACAGCUGAUGCGUCAGGAGAUAAGCACUUGCACAUCACAUUGAGUAGGUCAAAGUUGGAAUCACUUUUUAGUGAUUUUAUUGAAAAUAUCAAGAAAAACUGCCAAAUAUGUUUGAAGCAAGCUGAUGUGGCUGCGAAGGACAUUGCUGAAGUUCUUCUUGUGGGAAGCAUGACAAAAGUACCCAAGGUGCAAGAGGUAGUAACCGAAAUUUUUGGAAAGAGCCCAAGUCAAGGGGUUAAUCCCGAUGAAGCUGUUGCUUUGGGUGCUGCAAUUGAGGGUGGUAUCCUAAGUAAAGAUUUGAAAGUGGAUGUGGAUUGGGGAUUGAGAGGAGCGGUGACUGAUAUAACAACACAAGGUUCUGUAUGCACUUGCUGGGCGAUUGGGGUAAAAGCUGCAGUGGAGGGUAUUUUUUUUAUCAUAAAUGGGAUUCUAAAUAAUUUCUCUUCUCAGCAAAUUGUGGACUGCGCAGGACCAGAUGGUGUUGAAGGAGCACCACAAGAAAGAGCCUAUAACUACUUUAUGACUGAUGGGGUUUGUUUAGAUGCUGAGUAUCCCUAUACCGGUGCCCGUCAAGAUUGUGUCGGUAUUAAGUCUUCAAGAGUAUUUAUAGACAGCUUCGGUAGAGUCGGAUAUGGAAACAAGGAUCUCAUUGCUGCUGUUAAGGAACAACCAUUAACAGCAGGGCUCAGUGGAUCCUUUGUGCAAUCUCCGGUAUAUCAAAGUUACAAGGGUGGCCCAUAUUUUGGGGAUAACUAUGAUUUCACUACCGACGCCUUGCCACACCUAGUGUGCAUUAUCGGGAGUGAAGUUAAUUAUCGGGAGUGAAGUUAUUGAACGCCAGAAAUUUCUCAAAAUCAAAGAGUCCAGAGGAAAGGAUUGGGGUGAUGAAGGGAUCCUACACUUAGCUAUGAGCCGAGACUUCUAUUUUGGACUAGGAGAUGUAAAUAUGAGUGUGCUAUCCAAUCAUUCACGGGGAUAAGGCAGUAUACCUCUCUGAUACACAGAUAUCAAAGCUAAAAGAAGCUUUCAUCCGAUUUGACGAAGAUGGUGAUGAUCUUUUAGAAACCAAUGUAUUAGGCAGAGUGAUGACAUAUUUGGGGAAAACUCUUCCUGAAGCUGAACUCCAGGAAAUGAUAACUGAAGCUGGUACUGGGCAAAAUGAAACCAUUGGUUUUCCUAGAUUCAGGAAUAUGAUUGCGAGAAAACUUAAGUACACUGUAAUUGCGGAGCUGGAGGAUUUAUUCAAGAGAGUUGACACGGAUCAUGAUGGUUUUAUCUCAGCAUCAGAGUUUUUGAUGCUCAUGAAUGGUGUGGAUGAAACCGUGAUCCAGGCGUUGUUCCAAGAAGCUGACACGGAUGAAGAUGGUCAGCUCAACUGCGAGGAGUUUGUCAGGUUGAUGCAACCCAAGUGAAAGAUCAUCACGCUUUGGCCAAGGGUAAUCUAGAACAGCCGUCUGGGGUAAACAGCCGCUAAGUGAAGCAGCUGUUUUUGAGAUUUUUGGCACCUCUAUACGAGAGAGUUGGGUGUUGAAAGAUUUGCAGCGUUUAGAUCGUCUAUUUUCUUUGCAGUUUUCUGAUUAUCUGUGCUUUGACAACUGUUUUUAUGGUACUGGAAUUUUAUGCAUCAUUUUGGGGAAAUGGUUUUGAAUUUCUUGCUA